AUGCUAGAGUACCACCACUACCCAAACCCCCGCAAAAAAACCCCAACCAGCACGCCAUCCACCCCCUCCCACCCAUCCCGCACCCGCUUCCACACCAACCCCAUCUCCAUCCCCCCCAAGCCCCAGCCAAGCCCCCAAGCCCCCGCCCCCGCCGUCCGCCGAGCUCAAGAGAAGCGCAAACACCGUCUUGGCGCGCUGAAAAGCCGAUGCGCGCCGAGAGGGUAG